AUGAGAAUUCACUUGAUUUUAUUCGCCAGUGCCGCUAUGGCUCACUCUUCGGAGGGUGAUCAAGUAUUUGACUUAAACAAAGCGCCGCUUUUCGGAAAGAAUAGCGCGACUACUGGGAUGACCCGUCCAACUACAAGAAGUGUCACCGCCCACGUGAAGGCUCUUCGAGAUGCUUUUCGAGAGUUAAUUCUCAAGGCGGAAGCUGCGGAAGGCGCCCGAACUGGCAACGUCCCGGAUUCGACUGGUCUUUAUAGUUCCAACACUUCAGGAAGCGAUUCUCCUGCUGGAAACGACGCUCCCCGAUGGUACCAAGGUCCGAGAGAAGGACCACCGGAAGUUCCUGAGCGACGUUUUCCAUUCGUCUCGCAACUGGAUCUUUCCAGAGUCCCGCCCUUCGUUCGCAACGAAAUUGUUCGACGUCGAGCUGAUGACUUGGUUAAUCAGCUCACCGAACGAGGGCUUACCUUCGGACAGCAACGAGGACAGGGACAAGCUCGCCUUGUUGAAGGCGUCGUUCGAAAAGCUCCGGCGCCCGUCCUCACCCCCUUUCCAAAAGGUGAACAGGGGCACUUUGCUCGAUGGAUCGGAGUUGCCAACUCUUCCCUUACUUCUGGACCGUUGCUUUCAAGUCUGACGGAUACAACAGUCCAGACAUCGCUUUCUGAAGGCCACGGGGAAUCUUCCCAGGAAGAAGAUCCUGCGCCUGCUCGUGUCAAGCGAAGAAAACAGCGGCGAGUCGACUUGAACCAGGCAUUCGUCGGCGACGAUGCUGGUUCAAGUGGCGGUAGCAGCAGCAGCAGCAGCAGCGACGGCGAAGGAGAGCCUACUCCGCGACCACGACGACGUCCUCGACGACGCCCUGCCCCUCGAAGACCUAUCGAUUAUCUAUUUCGAUAUUACAUUGACGGCCCGAUGACUGUGCCGAACCCCCGAUUUUCGGACACUUUGAGGUCAACACCUCCAACUUUCUCCAUUUGCCCCAUGGAAGACGCCGCUCCGGUUGUAAACUUUGCCGGCGUUUUUACCUUGGCGCAAGCGCUGAACACUGCCGUGUUCCUUUUUAAUAGGGACAUGGCAGAACUUGAUCUGCUCGAAGCUGAGUUGGCCAGUGGUCAAUUUGGAUGCGUCCUGGAAACCUCGGCUCAUCUGUUCGCUAUUGGACCAAUCGCUAGUGAGGUAGAAGUAGAGGUUGGUUCUUCGAUUUCCAACUCUUCUAUGAGUUCUGUCGAGGACGCCCCUGUUUUCGACUUGAACCAGAUGACUGCGCAACAGUUCAAGAACCUGGCUUCGGCUAACGGAUUCCGAGAGGAGCGCAAAGGAUGCUUCACCGUGCGUGAAAGCUCCUUCAUCCUUUUCGGAGGCUUUGUCGGAAUCGCGAUGUGCGCUCUCAUCUUCAGCGCCUUGCUCAUCACCGGCAAGAUCUCAGUCGCCACCGAGGACAAAGUUGUCAAAAAUCACGCUGUCAUCGGACCUCAGCUUCCCUCGCAGACCUCUUUCCCUCUCCAGCGCACUCGACGAGAUCUUACCGACGGACAACCCCGCAUGUGCUUUGAAUGUGCCUUUCGAUCUCUUCUUGAAGAAAUCAACGAGAUGCGUCUUCAAGCGGAAAGAAACGUCCACACCGCUCGCGAUCAUUUGAGCGAACUUGUCGGCCGCGAAUUACCGCCACCCGUCGAGAUUGAAGGCUCAAGCGAGGCCCAAGACACCUUCCAGACGGCUUACGAUUUCACUUUGGAAGAAACCACCGUUGGCAACUACGAUGUGGUUUACGUCGACGACGAUGAAGACCACGUUCCAGUUCGUUUUACUCGCACCGCUGAAGACGAAGAAGGCUCCGUUGAAGUCUAA